UGUCUUCAAAAAGAUUUAUUUCAGAAUAACAGUUACAUUUGCUCCAUAAAAUGAGUUCUGAGGUAGACUUGGAGGUUUACUAUGAGAAGCAAAAUGAAAAAGAGGAGUCAGCACCUCCAGAAGGGUCAGUUUCUUCUGAAGAGCCUCCUAUGGAAGAAUGGUCUUCGCUUAUUCUCCAAAUACCUGAGGAAAAUAUCAAGAUUAUUAAUUACAGAAAAGGUCUGUACGACCCUGGCAGUGGCGAAAUAUGCACAAAUUAUAUACCUAUGUCUUCAAGUUCCAUUUUUCGACAUCCUUAUUAUAACUAUCCAGCAAUUGUCGAUCCAGGUGUCAAAGAGGCCCUUUUAGAUCCUGAACCAUUGAUUAUUUAUCCAGAAGAUGGUCAGGAUUUAUACUUAUCGUUGUGCAAAGAAUCUGGAUUGACUCCGAUAUCUAGUUUCCACAGACAAUUAUUGGAAAAUAAAAUUAAUUUGAGAUAUUACGGCGUACAGCAAAAGGCUUUUAGGGCGAUAGCAUUGUCUUUGAAAUCGAACACGUAUGUAAAUAUUUUGGACUUAACAGACAAUUGGAUCGAGAAGGAUGGUUGCCUUCAUUUAGGUGAAAUGUUGGGGGAAAAUUGCACGUUAACAGUGUUAAACUUGUGUGGCUGUAGGAUCGGACCUGAAGGAGCAAAACGGUUAUUUAUGUAUUUGCAUAAAAAUAGUACACUUUGCGAAUUGAAUCUGAGUAAGAACCAACUUUUUGACGAGGGAGUUGAAUAUCUAGCUGAGAUAAUAAUACGUGGAUCAGGAGUACGUAACAUUGAUUUAAGUCAUAAUAGCUUAACGGAUGCGACCGUUAUUAAUCUCGCAGAAGCCUUUGAAAUAAACAAUAAACUUACUCAUCUUAAUUUGUCAUGGAAUUUGCUUAAAUCAGCUAACCCUAUUUUUGAUUUAUGUUGCAAGUUACAGGAAAAUGAAAAUUUUUUAGCCCUCGACCUCUCCUGGAACACAUACGGGGGUAAACAGGUCGCAAAAUCUAUAAGCGUGCUUUUAAAAAAUCCUAGUUUCAUACAUCUUAACUUAAGUAACAAUAACUUUGAUAGUCAAGUAAUCAAUAUUAUAGUAAAAGCUUUAAGAGGAAAAUCGCAUCUUCUUACAUUAGACAUGUCAUCAAAUCCUUUGACGUCUACCGAUGCGUACAAUUUAUUGGAACCCAUGUUAAGGCCCAGAGUUAAACUACAAAAGCUUAAACUAGACAACAUAGCAGUAACAUCGGAGUUUCUAACACUUCGUGAAGAAGUUCUCCAAUUAGAAUGUCGCAAAAACGCUGAAAUCACUUAUGGUGACGUUAUCAGAAAAACUAUUCAUAAAACUGUGGAUUUGCGUGAUACAGUACUAAAUAGAAUAGAUUAUCUUUGUAGAACUAAAUUUAAGAAAGAUAAGGUUGAUAUUGCACUUAUAGUACUGACGCUAUACAAACUGGACCCUAAACCGAUGGAUACGAGACCAUUUUUGAGAGCAUUAAGAGAUCUCGGACUACCCUUGGAAGAUGAUUUAGCUAAUCAGUUGACAAAAUUAUUUGCGGGUCCGAUACGACCUAAAACAACUACUGUGAACUUGGCGGCGAUGGUAGAUUUCUUCAAACGUAAGUGGCCGGACCGUAAGCUCCCGCCCACACCGCCGCCCUCGCCGCCGCCUGAACCUGUCAAGAAAGGUCAUAAAAAGGGUUUAAAGAAAAAGAAAUAGUAAUCUUAGUGAUGUUAUAAGUUUUAACUUUAA